GCUAUCGCUGCCCUGGAGGUCUCCGAAGAGGGCGAGGCCGCCGAGGAGGCGCCGGAGCAGCCAGAAGCCAAGGCUAAGGAGGAGCAGGUGGACGUCCUGUUCCUCAUCGAGGCGCCGGCAGAUUUGGAGGAGCUGCAGGCCAUGUCUGACGCAGGUCUCUACGAAGUGGUGGAUCUCUGGACCAGCAUCUUCUUUGCAGGCAAGUCUGUGGACGAAGCCGAUCCAACACUGCAGGUAGAUGGCGAGGUGCCCGCGGGCCCACAGCUCUUCUACGAGGCCAUUCAUGCAGCUUCAGCCUCCUCGGAUGUGUCGAACAGCCUCGCACUCUGA